GACGUCCGCCAACAAGAGUACCGCUAAUCGAUGCUCAAGAUCACAUCAUCCGACGAUAGCACAUCUUGGUCAUUUCCAAACGUGAUCUCAAGCUCACAAGUCAACCAAUAACAACAACUGCAACAAGCUAAAGCAUGGGCAAGUCCGACAUCAACGUUACUGCUGAACAAGAGCAGGAGUUCGCCUCUCUCGAGCAGGUGCUCAACCAAACUGCCGACGACGCCGCCAGAUGCCUCAAGCUGCUUAAGAAGAAUCUCUCUGAGUACGACAGUCGUCAUGGCAACCACUUCAUCAACACUGCCACCUCAUACAUGCGGAGCGACAUGCGUACCGCCAAGGACACGGCAGACGACCUGAAGCGAGUUUCACACGAGAUCAACAAGUGCCCACAGCCAUCCGAGGCAGAGAUCCGUUCUGCUCGCAAUGCCAUGGGUGCGACGGCUAAGGCCAUGGAGGUCUUGAAUACGACAGCACGCAAUUACGAUCAGAAGAACGGUCGGUCGAAGGGUAUUAAGGGUGCGGUAGACAACGCGCUCGGUUUCAACGAGAAGGAGCAGCACGAGAAGGAGGGAGGUUUCUUCGGCAAGAGCGACCAGGAAAAGGAUAACAAGAGCACCGGGCUCUUUGGAAGCGACAAGGACGACAAAUCUACGGGUCUGUUCGGAAGCGGGGACAAGCUUAAGGACCCUAACACCGACUUCUUCAAACAGAGUGGUCAGGACCAUGGCAAUGAAAAUAACGAUGUUAUCCUCGUCGACAAGUCCGACCGCCACCACCCCGAUGAAAACCGCGGUGGCAUUUUCAGUGGAUCUGACACGGUCGAGGCGCUGGUCAAGUCAACUCUGAACGAAAACUUCAACCUCAGCGCUUUGAGCCACCAGAUCACGGCCGCAGAGACGUCGUUGUCGCCGUUAUCGCCGUCGUCGUUGUCAUCGCCGUCAACAGCGUUGCCAAGCCUAGUGGAGCGCGCAAAGGAGAUGGUUAUUGACGUCAAGGACAAGCUGACGGGCAGCAAAUCGAGUCCGACGAGCGAGGACCACCACGAGCGCGCACACACAGUGACGCCAUAAGGAGCAAAACGGUAGUGAAGUGUAGGAGACGGAUACUUAGCAUUGCAUUUGCAUAUCUAGGAAGCGAGGCAUUAACAUGACCAAUUUGAAGUGAUUUGAAGAUGUCAA